AGUGGUCAUUACCGCUCAAGUGUUUCUCGAUUUGAUAGAUCAUGCGUACUUCAAUAUCGCGAAACUCGCUCUUAUUAUUUUUGAUGAGUGUCAUCACGCCCUUGGCGUGAAGCAUCCAUAUCGUGUGAUUAUGGAUCGUAUUAUGCGAGUCCCCACAGAUCAGCAACCUCGGAUAUUGGGCCUGACAGCUUCUCUUAUCAAUGAUAAAACACCACCAAAUCAGUUGGAAGCAAAACUUUCCAAGUUGGAGUGCGUAUUGAACAGUGCUAUCGAAACAGCCUCGGAUCUCGUGGCGAUAUCCAAAUACGGUGCUAAGCCUAAUGAGUAUGUUGUCAUUUCAACGGAUUACAACCCUCAGGAUAGCUGUGGAGGAGAAAUUUUGCAGUUAUUGGAAGAUUGGCGAAAAUUCUGCUCGUCGACUCAAGAGUUCGAUCCAAACUUCGACAUCGAUCCUCGAAAACCCAUUCAAGAAGCGCUCAAUAGAACUCUGGCGGUACUUCGUCAG